AUAUGUAUUUCAUUUACUUUACUAGAACUAGAACUAGAUCGAAAAUUAAUGAAGUUAAAAAAAUUAUAGAUCCAAUGUCACAUUCUGUUAAGAUUUAUGAUACAUGUAUAGGAUGUACUCAAUGUGUCCGAGCUUGCCCCACAGAUGUAUUAGAAAUGAUACCUUGGGAUGGAUGUAAGGCUAAACAAAUAGCUUCUGCUCCAAGAACAGAGGAUUGUGUUGGUUGUAAGAGAUGUGAAUCUGGUUGUCCAACAGAUUUUUUAAGCGUUCGAGUUUAUUUAUGGCAUGAAACAACUCGCAGUAUGGUACGGGUUUUUUUGGCCCAAGUGUAUCUUGUCUUUACUACGAAUUAUUUUCCCUGGUUAACAACAAUUGUAGUUUUACCCAUAUUUGCAGGUUCUUUAAUUUUCUUAAAGGUUAUCCGCUGGUAUACUAUAUGUAUAUCCAUUUUAGAGCUCCUUCUAACAACUUAUGCGUUUUGUUAUCAUUUCCAACCGGACGAUCCAUUAAUCCAACUGUCAGAAGAUUAUAAAUGGAUCCAAUUUUUUGAUUUCCAUUGGAGAUUAGGAAUUGACGGACUUUCGAUAGGACCCAUUUUACUGACGGGAUUCAUCACCACUUUAGCUACUCUAGCGGCUUGGCUGGUUACUCGAGAUUCUCGAUUAUUCCAUUUCCUAAUGUUAGCAAUGUAUAGUGGUCAAAUAGGAUCAUUUUCGUCCCGAGACCUUUUACUUUUUUUCCUAAUGUGGGAAUUAGAAUUAAUUCCUGUUUAUCUACUUUUAUUUAUUUUGUAUACUGCAGGGGGUUCCAUUUUUCUAUUAUUGGGAGUUCUGGGUAUUGGUUUAUAUGGUUCCAAUGAACCGACAUUAAAUUUGGAAACAUUAAUUAAUCAAUCAUAUCCUGUAGCAUUAGAAAUAAUAUUCUAUAUUGGAUUUUUUAUUGCUUUUGCUGUCAAAUUGCCCAUUAUACCUUUACAUACAUGGUUAUCAGAUACCCACGGAGAAGCACAUUACAGUACUUGUAUGCUUCUAGCUGGAAUCUUAUUAAAAAUGGGAGCAUAUGGAUUGAUUCGGAUCAAUAUGGAAUUAUUACCUCACGCUCAUUCUAUAUUUUCUCCUUGGUUGAUAAUAAUAGGCACAAUACAAAUAAUCUAUGCAGCUUCAACAUCUCCCGGGCAACGUAAUUUAAAAAAAAGAAUAGCCUAUUCCUCUGUAUCUCACAUGGGUUUCAUAAUUAUAGGAAUUAGUUCUAUAACUGAUACGGGGCUUAAUGGGGCCAUUUUACAAAUAAUUUCUCAUGGAUUUAUUGGUGCUGCACUUUUUUUCUUAGCGGGAACGAGUUACGAUAGAAUACGUCUUGUUUAUCUCGACAAAAUGGGCGGAAUAGCGAUUCCAAUGCCAAAAAUAUUCACACUCUUUAGUAGCUUUUCAAUGGCAUCCCUUGCACUACCGGGAAUGAGUGGUUUCAUUGCAGAAUUAAUAGUAUUUUUUGGAAUAAUUACCAGCCAAAAAUAUCUAUUAAUACCUAAAAUACUAAUUAUUUUUGGAAUGGCAAUUGGAAUGGUAUUAACUCCUAUCUAUUUAUUAUCUAUGUUACGUCAAAUGUUCUAUGGAUAUAAAUUAUUUAACAGUACAAACUCUUACUUUUUUGAUGCUGGGCCGCGAGAGUUGUUUGUUUCGACUUCAAUCUUUCUGCCAGUACUAGGUAUUGGAGUUUACCCAGAUUUCGUUCUCUCACUAUCAGUUGAGAAAGUGGAAGCUAUUGUAUCGAAUUUUUUUUAUAGAUAGAUUUCUUUUCAUUUGACUAAAUCAAAUGAAAAGGAAGUUUUCUUUACAUAACAAAGAAACAAAACUGAAUCGCAAUUCGAA